GCUCCUGCUCCUGCCGCCCGCCAGCUUCACGCUUUGCUCCCGCGGGCUAGAGCGGGAGAAAGUCCUGCUGGUGGGCGGCCGCGGGGCUGCGCGCGGCUGGUAUCCCGGGGCCGCUCCGGCCCGGGCAGCGAGGGGGCUCGGCGGUCCAUGCAUCCGCCGCCGCCUGUCGCCGGAAUGGAUUUCAAUCAGAACAGCCUGUUCGGCUACAUGGACGAACUGCAGGAGCUCACCAUCAUCGAGAGGCCGGUCCGCCGGAGCCUCAAGACACCAGAAGAAAUAGAAAGAUUGACAGUUGAUGAGGAUCUCAGUGAUAUUGAAAGGGCUGUCUAUCUGCUCAGUGCUGGUCAAGACGUGCAAGGAACGAGUGUGAUCGCAAAUCUUCCAUUUUUGAUGCGACAGAAUCCUGCUGAGACACUUCGGAGAGUCUUGCCAAAAGUCAGAGUCCAUGAGGAUGCACACUUAUUUAUCCAGAGAGUAUGGAUCUCACUUAUGUUUGUCCAGAGCGUGCGAUUCUGUGGAAGAGAACAAUUGUUGGAAAUCCUGCAUGUUGCAGGAGCAGAAAUGCAGUUAACGGCUGCAGUAUCAUUUUUGACCAUUCUACAGGAAGAAUCAGUGUCAAUUCAUACAUAUGCCCACUCCUUCCUCCAAGUCAUUCUACUGCAUGUGGAGCACAGGGACACAGGUGUCAGCAAUGCAUGGCUGGAAACUCUUCUGUCUGUUAUAGAAGUAUUGCCAAAAGAAACCCUAAGGCAUGAGAUUUUGAGUCCACUUGUUUCCAAGGCACAACUUUCCCAAACUGUCCAGUCUCGUUUAGUUAGUUGUAAAAUUUUAGGAAAAUUGACUAACAAAUUUGAAGCCCAUAUCAUUAAAAGAGAAAUACUUCCCCUGGUAAAAUCACUUUGUCAAGAUGUAGACUAUGAAGUUCGAUCUUGUAUGUGCCGGCAAUUAGAAAAUAUAGCUCAAGGCAUUGGGACAGAACUAACAAAAAGUGUGGUGCUCCCUGAAUUAAUAGAACUCUCCAGGGAUGAAGGCAGCAGUGUGCGACUUGCAGCUUUUGAAACUUUGGUUAAUCUGCUUGACAUAUUUGACACAGAUGACAGAAGUCAAACUAUACUUCCUUUAGUGAAAUCAUUUUGUGAAAAAUCCUUCAAAGCGGAUGAAUCAAUUCUUAUUUCUUUAUCUUUCCAUUUUGGAAAACUAUGCCAUGGACUAUAUGGAAUUUUUACUCCAGAUCAACACUUGAGAUUUUUGGAGUUUUAUAAGAAACUUUCCACAUUGGGUUUGCAACAAGAAAAUGGCCACAAUGAAAACCAGAUUCCACCCCAAGUUCUAGAGCAGGAGAAGAAAUAUAUUUCAGUACGGAAAAAUUGUGCUUAUAACUUUCCGGCCAUGAUUGUUUUUGUUGAUCCUAAAAACUUCCACAUGGAACUCUAUUCUACAUUCUUCUGCCUUUGUCAUGACCCUGAAGUACCAGUCAGAUACACUAUUGCUAUUUGCUUUUAUGAAGUGUCUAAACUUCUGAAUUCUGGAGUAUAUUUAAUACAUAAAGAACUAAUAACAUUAUUACAAGACGAAUCACUGGAGGUUCUAGAUGCUCUUAUAGAUCAUCUUCCAGAAAUCUUGGAACUUAUGUCUACUGGUGGAGAGAGCAGUGUUCAAGAAAAUAAGUUAUCCUCUCUGCCUGAUUUGAUUCCAGCACUCACAGCCGCUGAACAGCGAGCUGCAGCCUCUUUAAAAUGGAGAACUCACGAGAAGCUGCUACAGAAAUAUGCCUGUCUGCCACAUGUCAUAUCAAGUGAUCAGAUAUAUUAUCGCUUCUUGCAAAGAAUGUUCACAAUCAUGAUGACAAAUAAUGUCUUACCUGUCCAAAAGGCAGCUUCACGAACUCUGUGCAUUUUUCUACGUUACAAUCGUAAACAGGAACAGAGACAUGAGGUCAUUCAAAAAUUAAUUGAACAACUGGGACAAGGCAAAAGUUAUUGGAAUAGACUUCGAUUUUUGGAUACCUGUGAAUUUAUCAUAGAGAUCUUUUCCAAAUCAUUUUUUUGUAAAUAUUUCUUUCUACCUGCUAUUGAAUUGACGCAUGAUCCAGUAGCAAAUGUGAGAAUGAAACUUUGCUACCUAUUACCCAAAGUAAAAUCUACUCUGAAGAUUCCUACAGAUAAGCAUCUGCUUCAGCAAUUAGAAAUGUGUGUAAGAAAACUCCUAUGUCAAGAAAAAGAUAAAGAUGUUCUGGCUAUUGUAAAAAAAACUGUAUUAGAGUUGGACAGAAUGGAAAUGUCUAUGGAUGCGUUCCAGAAAAAGUUUUAUGAAAAAGAUUUGUUAGAUCAAGAGAAAGAAAGAGAAGAACUACUUCUUUUAGAAAUGGAACAGUUAGAAAAGGAAAAGCAGCAGAAUGAUGGAAGGUCCACGAGUGACAAAAUGUUUGAAAAGAAACGUAGAGACACUAAGACACCAACACAAAGUCUGCCCAAGAACAUCUCCAUUUCUGUUCCUGGACCCUCCUCUGCCACCCCAUCGACAAGCAAAGAAAUCAAGAAAUCCAAAUUGAUUCGAAGCCAGUCUUUCAAUAGUCAAGCUUUUCAUACAAAAUAUGGCAACUUAGACAAGUGUGCUGGUAAAAGUUCUACAACAGGAUAUACACCUUCUGUCUCAGGGCUAGGAAAGACAUCUGUGCUUUCACUAACUGAUGACUCAUUCCGGACUCGUAAUGCCAGUAGUGUUCCAACUUCUUUUUCUCCUAGUACGCCCUUAGCAAGUACCUCCCGUGGGACAGCUAACUCACUUGAUCCCAAGAGCAGUGGAAGUAAAGACACACAACCACGGAAGGCUACCUUAAAAUCCAGAAAAUCUAAUCCUUAAAUCAACUGCUUGAUGAAGGAGGCAAAACAAAGACAGCUGGAGAUAAUGUGACUGAGGACAAAAGCUAAAGCAAUGGCUCGGCUUUUUUUUUUUUUUUUUUUAAUACAGGAAUGAAAAAAGAGACAUAAUGGCAGCUGAUGUUAAACUUUCCAUAUUUGAAAUUAGAUUCCCUAAGAGUUCUAAUAUAUAUUUCUUGAAUAAUAAUGUGGUUACAGAAUUCCAAUGUUACAGUGAAGUAUAAUGAAAAACAACUUUAGGAAUGUGCUUUACUGCUGCAAAAGAGAUAAAUCUGCCUUCAUUUGUGCAGGAAACCAGCUAUUUAAUUGUUCUAGAGUUUUAGCAUUUAAAAAUUGUCCAAAUCCCCUGAAAUUGUGCUAGCUAGCUAAUCACUCAAAAGGAGGCUUUGGAAAGUAAGAAAGUUACCGCUUUUUCUCACAACUCUCCAAGGCCUAUUGAAAAGUCAUGCUGAAAGGGUACAAACCGCUGUCUGCAGUUUUAUCAGUCCUAUGAUUGCCGUAACGAUAUGCUGUACCUGGACAUGCCCAGAUAUAAAUUUGGCAAUGAAAAUCUAUAAGAUUUCUGAUAACGCUGAGCUAUAAAUACCUUGAAAAUAAUAGAUUGAUGAUUUCCUUUAUUUCCUAGAAGAAUUUAUUUUAUAAAUACUUUGUUUACAUUUUAGAUUGUAUUUGUCCUUAAUUUAAAAUGAUGAAUCUAGUUUGAAUCGGCUGUUAUUACAAGCUAUCAUGCUUAAGCUAUGUCAACAGCAUUUAUUUGUACCAAUGCUAAUAUUUCCAUCAAAAUUUGCCUGUGGAACGUAUCCAGUUCUUAAUUUUAAAAUUCGGUUCUUGAGAUAUACUGUAUGAAGCUAUUGUCAGCUUCUCAAUUUCAAAAUGCAAUCAGCAUAUAACUAUAUUGAUAUUAGAAAAUAUUUGUUUUUUAAAAUAUAUUGAUAUAUGACAAAGAUGAUCGAAUCUGUGAAUGCA